AUGUCAAAAGAAAAUAUCAGUAGGGCUAUAGCACCUGCUCGUGUUCAAACUCAACAACCACAAUCUUAUUUUCGUCCAAUAAAUAAUAGUUUUAACCUAUUACCUAGUGAAAAAGUCUAUCGUGAAUGGGAAUAUCGUGAUAAUCUAGGUUGUUGUAAUAAUGCAUAUUAUACUGCCCUGACGGAUAUUCGACUUCUUACUCGAUAUGAAGAACAUAUGUGUUGUACAAAUUGUUCUGAACCUUCACAUACAGAUUCGGCUAUUUUCUUACGUGAUAUUGAUCAAAUGCGUGAAUCACGUGGUGAACAACCAACUUUUUUCUUUCUUCUUUGGAUAACAUUAAUAUGUGCAUGGCCUUGUUAUGUUGUACGUCGUAUCUUUUGUCCAAAACCAAAAUGUUUGGAAAUUUUCGGUUCAUUUGGUUCUGAAAUGGUACGAGUUAAAAGAGAAGAUAUGCCAGUAGCUCAAGUCGAUAUAUCAACAGCUGUUAUAAAUAGCAAAUUGGUUGGUCGAUCUUAA